AUGUCUGAGCUGAUUAAUCCUUCGGUAAUUGUGGUGGGAGGUGGUGCCUUUGGCACCUCGACGGCCUACCACCUAUCAAAACGUGGGUACGGUCGAGUCAAAGUUCUCGAUCGUUUUGCCGCGCCAUCAAAAGAUGCUGCUGCGACCGAUCUGAACAAGAUCGUAAGAUUCGAUUAUCCGAACCCAUUAUAUACCAAGCUCGGGUUGGAGGCGAUGCAGGUGUGGAAAGAGCCAGGCAAUUUGUUGUCUGGCAUGUUCCGUCAUACUGGAUGGAUCAUGGCCGCCCACGACAUGACUCAGGAGUUUCUCAAGUCCGCCCAUGAUGCGAGUCAGCGGGCUGGUAAGACCGGAGUACGAUACAUGGAAACCGAAGAAGUCAAGCGGACAUGGCCUCAGUUCACUGGGGAUUUUGAGGGCUGGACCAAUCUAUGGAGCCCGGAAGCCGGCUGGGUGCCUUCGGGUCAGGCGUUACUUCGACUCGCAACGGCAGCGCAAGCCAAUGGCGUGGAGUAUGUGACGGGAGAUCGAGGUUGGGUGCAGAGACUGCUCUUCGACGACAAAGGCUCAUGCAUCGGAGCGCUGAGCAAGAGCGGGGAAGCACAUCUGGCAGACGUGGUAGUGCUGUGCACUGGAGCUAACACUGCUGCCCUAAUCGAUGCAAAGGCGGAGAUAGUCGCACGCUCGCACUGCGUGGGUGUAAUCCAGCUAACGCCCGAAGAGGCGCAACGAUACAAGAACUUGCCCAUCGUGGAUGACUUUGAGCAAGGCAUAUUAUUCCCGCCAGAUGAGAACGACUUGCUUAAGUUGUGUAGCUGCCGCUUCAUCACCAACUACUACAACUCCAAGGUGGCAGGUGCUUCGUUAGGACACUCACAUGAAGACUUUCCUGAAGACGGCGUACCUCGACAGAUAGAAGAAGAGAUGCGGGAGUUCGUUCGAGACCAGAUCCCGGAGCUCGCUGAUAGAGAAUGGGUUUCAACGCGGAUGUGUUGGGACGGCGACACCAAGGACGUCAACUUUCGAAUCUGCCCAUCACCAACCAAUGCCAAUCUCUUCAUAGGCACUGCAGGGUCAGGACAUGGAUUCAAGUUCAUGCCGGUAAUUGGCAAGUAUAUUGUGGACAUGAUGGAGGGCAAGCUCAGUCAAGACUAUGUCGAUCUGUGGAAGUGGCGGUUCGGUGCAACGCCCCCAAAGACGGGCAAAGAGCCACACCCAUGGCCAGCCCGAGACUUGGGCGAGCUUGACGGAUGGAGGGGACGAAAUAGACGCGUCUUCAAGCAUUCGAGGAAGCAGUCUGAAGUAGCGCGUCUCUGA